UACUUUAAUAAUGGUUCAGUGUUACACAAGCUCGCCUUUUGACCUGACGCAGGCGCAGCUAUCGAACAUGUGUUGAUCCCAUCGCGAUCGAAAAAAUGGUCACUUUUGACCUAAAUGUUUUUGUGCUGUCGGUUAUUGUGUGCGUAACGAGUGGCAGUGUUUUGAACAGUGGCAUCUAUAAGCUUGAUAUAAUUCAUUAUAAUGAUUUUCACGCCAGAUUCGAGGAAACUACAGUGCAAUAUCCAGUAUGUGUGUCAAACGACAGCAAUUGUUUAGGCGGAUACGCGCGUCUGUAUCAUGAAAUUACUGAGCUAUUGAAAGAAAAACCAGGCGCUCUAGUAUUGAACGCCGGCGACACAUUCCAAGGGACCUAUUGGUAUACGUUAUUGAAGUGGAAUAUUACGCAGAAGUUCAUCAAUUUGCUGCCCAAUGACGUUCAUACAAUUGGUAAUCAUGAGUUUGACGAUGGAAUUCCGGGCCUAGCACCGUACCUUGCGGCACUCAAAGCCCCUGUAGUUGUCGCUAAUAUCGAUACUAGUCAAGAACCAGCCUUGCAUGGACUGUACAAACCUCACAUAGUCAUUGAAAGGAGAGGAAGAAAAGUCGGUAUUAUAGGCGUUAUGACCACAGAGACACAGACCUCAUCUAACCCUGGUAAAGUAUUAUUUUUAGAUCCAAUUAAAGCUGCGAAAAAAGAGGCUCAAUUACUUACUGACGAAGGAAUCGAUAUAAUCAUCCUUUUAUCACAUUGUGGACUUGAUAUAGACAAAAAAAUUGCAAGAGAAGUUGGUGAACACAUAGAUAUUAUUAUUGGAGGCCAUUCGCACAGUCUCUUAUGGAACGGAGAAUCACCGAGUCAUGAGGAAAUAUCAGGACCAUAUCCUGUGAUUAUUGAAACAGCCUCGAGAACGGGACAUAAAGUACCUAUAGUAACUGCAUCUGCGUUUUCCAAGUACAUUGGCAACUUGACAGUCUAUUUCGACAAAUAUGGAGAUUUGAAGUAUUUCGAAGGGAAACCGGUAUUCUUAGACAGGUCCAUUCCUGAAGAUCCGGAAAUGAAAGCACUAUUAAAACCUUAUCAAGACAAGCUCCAUGCAAUUGUCAAAGAAGUAAUAGCAUUUACAAACGAAGAUCUCAUAGCAUCGCCGUGUGGUGCGCGGGAGUGUGCGAUUGGCGAUAUAUUCGCUGAUGCGUUAUUGGAUGCUGGAAAAGAAAAGGAACCUUCCGAUUUACCACAUAUAGCAUUCCUUAUAAGAAAUAUGAUUAGAGGAUCAAUUGAAGGAGGAGAAAUAACUCGAGGUGAACUGAUAAAUACCUUGCCAUUUGGAAACGAGGUAGUAACAUUCAUUGUUAAGGGUAAAUAUCUAAUAGAGACGUUUAAAAUUUGCACAACAAAUGCUUGGGUGAAAAAGCCCUUCCAAGGACCGUGGUUGCCGCAAAUUGCUGGUAUACAAUUAACUUUAGAUAUGAAGAACGAAACUAAAGUAGAUGUAAAAGUGAAGGAAGGAAGCGAAUUUGUUAAUAUGGACCCAGAAAAAGAAUAUCAAGUUACAACCGUUUCAUUUAUCGUAAGAGGAGACAAUCAAUUUCAGACACUAAGGAAACACGGUCGAGACUUUAAAAUUAUUGGGAGUGAUAUCGAUAUCGUCGAGAAAUAUCUUAAUAAGAUAUCGCCGAUUACACCUACUUUGGAUAAUAGACUUAUUGUUAUUAAUUAAUUAUAUUAAAUUUUUAAUUAUU